GAUGUGUCUCCACACUGAUCUCCUAUGAUCAAGGUGUCUCGAUCGAAUAUAUACAAAGGGAGAUAUUUAGCAACACCCUUUAACAGCAGCCUAUCAGAGUAUACAGGUUUUUUUUUUUGCAGGUUAUAACCAUGGCUACAUACAUGUAUACCCUAAACAAAUGCCUAUACUAAAAAGAAAUUAUUAUUCACCUAGCAAUAGUUGCUAACAACAAUUAUUAUACUUAAGAAGCAACAUAUGUGUACAGGUUUGGGUCAUAAACUGCAAUUAAUAAUAUUCCAAUAAUUUAGAUUUUCUGUUUAUAAUUUCUUAGCUUUGUAUAAUAACUAAACUCUAUAAUUCGCUUUGUUUCCUCUGAGUCAUCCAACACAGGAAAUGGUGUAGAGAUGAAUAUUCUGGGUCAACGCGAAGGAUUCUCUGUAGAAUGACAAGGCUUAUCGCAUGGAACAGAGAAUGAAGAAGUUAUUUAUACAUUGAAGGGUGUUAAGAAAAAAAAAAAUGAGGAGAGGUUGCUCCGCGCUUCGUUCUUUCAAGUCCUGCUGUCCGCAAGGAGAAUAGGAAAUCCAAUAUGAAGUUUCGGGAGAAAAACUUCUUAACUUGUCAGCUGCUUUGGCUUGUUUGCGCGGUCAUAGUCAAGUCAGAUAUCUUUACUACUCAAACUGCUCGUGUUGAAGAUGACGAGGUGCUGCACUGCCAACACUCAACAGAAAACUUCAUUAUGGUCACCUGGAAAGGGAAUUUUCUUAAUCAGCCUUCCUGUUACCUGUCAAAUAAUAGAAGCAUUACUUACGGAAACUGUAGCAAUCGAAUGCGUGUGGAAAUAGAUAAGAAUGAAACAUCUCUCAGGAUAGAUAAGUGCACGGUCUUCGAUGAAGGAAAUUAUACAUGUGAGAUUGUCAAUAAAACUGGAACAUUCAUUCAUAUAGUUGCUUUAAAUUUACUAGCUGAACCAUUUAUUUUAGUAAAGACUAAUGAAAAUGGAUAUCCAGAGUGCCAAGCCAUCCGUGGGAAACCAGCAGCAAAUAUCUCCUGGAUCCCAAAGAAUCCAAACACAGUAACGUCUCAAGAGAUCAUUAUAAAGAAGAACACAACCAUUACAGUCAUCAGUUCAUACAACUCCACCAAUUUCACAGACGUUACCUGCAUCGUGUCUCAUCCCACUUUUAAAAGUUCUAUAGAAAGACAUUUCAGAAAAAGACCUCCUUCUGAAUCAAAUCAAUUAAUCGUAAUCCUUGGUGUAAUAGCUUUCCUCGUGCUGUUCGUGCUGCUUCUUGGAAUCAUAUUGUUUUGGAAGCGAUCAGAUCUCAGAACUUGUUUUAGCAUGAAUAAGGAGAGUCUGGCCACACCUGACAACCCUGUGUUUGAGGAAGAAGUGGAGCCCUAUGCAAGUUUCACUGAAAAAGUCAACACCAUCUACAGCUACGGCCGAGACCCCGCAGAAUAUAAAGGAGCUGACCAAACAGGAGAAAAGACUUACCGCCGAAAUCAUAUAGCAUGAAAUCCUUCACUUCUUGAAUCCGUAUGGAACCGAUAAUCUAUUUAUUUUUUUAUUGUUUUCUUCCACUUACUAAUAAAACUAUUAAAUCGGCAAAGAACUAAGAUUUAUGCAAAAAAAAAAAUUGUAAAUGUGGAAAAUAAUUUUUUGUAAUGUUUUCUGUGGCCUUGAUGUGAAGGUGAUUUGCACUUAUCUGUAUUUACUGGUUCAUGGCAUUAAAAACUCAAUAAAUAUCAUAUAUAUUAUUU